CCCGCCCUCGCCCCGCCCCGCCCCGGCUCGGGCUGCCGGAGGACCAGGAGCUCAGGCACCCGAGGCCGCCGAGGCGGCGGGGACGAUGUGGUUCUUUGCCCGGGACCCGGUCCGGGAUUUCCCGUUCGAGCUCAGCCCGGAACCCCCCGAGGGCAGCCCGCCGGGACCCUGGGUCCUGCACCGCGGCCGCAAGAAGGCCACAGGGAGCCCGGUGUCCAUCUUCGUGUAUGACGUGAAGCCCGGUGCCGAAGAGCAGACCCAGGUGGCCAAAGCUGCCUUCAAGCGCCUCAAAACUCUCCGGCACCCCAAUAUCCUUGCCUACAUCGAUGGGCUGGAGACAGACAAAUGCCUCCACGUAGUGACAGAGGCUGUGACCCCGCUGGGAGUAUACCUCAAGGCGCGAGCGGAGGCCGGUGGCCUGAAGGAGCUGGAGCUCUCCUGGGGGCUACACCAGAUUGUGAAAGCCCUCAGCUUCCUGGUCAACGACUGCAGCCUCAUCCACAACAAUGUCUGCAUGGCCGCUGUGUUCGUGGACCGCGCUGGCGAGUGGAAGCUUGGGGGCCUGGACUACAUGUAUUCAGCCCAGGGCAAUGGUGGGGGACCUCCCCGCAAGGGGAUCCCUGAGCUUGAGCAGUAUGAUCCCCCGGAGUUGGCUGAUGGUAGUGGCAGAGCGGUCAGAGAGAAAUGGUCAGCUGACAUGUGGCGUUUGGGCUGCCUCAUCUGGGAAGUCUUCAAUGGGCCCCUACCUCGAGCGGCAGCCCUGCGAAACCCUGGGAAGAUCCCCAAAUCACUGGUGCCCCAUUACUGCGAACUGGUCGGAGCCAACCCCAAGGUGCGUCCCAACCCAGCCCGCUUCCUGCAGAACUGCCGGGCGCCUGGUGGCUUCAUGAACAACCGCUUCGUGGAGACCAACCUCUUCCUGGAAGAGAUUCAGAUCAAAGAGCCAGCUGAGAAGCAAAAGUUCUUCCAAGAGCUGAGCAAAAGCCUGGACUCGUUCCCUGAGGAUUUCUGCCGGCACAAGGUGCUGCCCCAGCUGCUGACUGCCUUCGAGUUUGGCAAUGCGGGGGCCGUGGUCCUCACACCCCUAUUCAAGGUGGGUAAGUUCCUCAAUGCCGAGGAGUAUCAGCAGAAGAUCAUCCCUGUCGUGGUCAAAAUGUUCUCCUCAACUGACCGGGCCAUGCGCAUUCGCCUCCUGCAGCAGAUGGAGCAGUUCAUCCAGUACCUUGAUGAGCCAACAGUCAACACCCAGAUCUUUCCCCACGUUGUGCACGGUUUCCUGGACACCAACCCUGCCAUCCGGGAGCAGACAGUCAAGUCCAUGCUGCUUCUGGCCCCAAAACUGAACGAGACCAACCUCAACGUGGAGCUGAUGAAGCACUUUGCGCGGCUGCAGGCCAAGGACGAGCAGGGCCCCAUCCGCUGCAACACCACCGUGUGUCUGGGCAAGAUCGGCUCCUACCUCAGUGCCAGUACCAGACACAGGGUCCUCACCUCCGCCUUUAGCCGGGCCACAAAGGACCCAUUUGCACCAUCCCGGGUCGCGGGCGUUUUGGGUUUUGCCGCUACCCACAACCUCUACUCGAUGAACGACUGCGCCCACAAGAUCCUGCCUGUGCUCUGCGGCCUCACUGUGGAUCCUGAGAAAUCCGUGCGAGACCAGGCCUUCAAGGCCAUUCGAAGCUUCCUGUCCAAACUGGAGUCUGUGUCAGAGGACCCCACACAGCUGGCCGAAGUGGAGAAGGAUGUCCACGCAGCCUCCAGCCCUGGGAUGGGAGGAGCCGCAGCCAGCUGGGCAGGCUGGGCCGUGACGGGGGUCUCCUCGCUCACCUCUAAGCUGAUCCGGGCACAUCCCACGGCUGCCCCGGCCGAGACCAACGUCCCCCAGAGACCUGCGCCUGAGGGACUUCCUGCCCCAGCUCCUAUCCCUGUGCCUGCCACACCUACGACCUCAGGCCCCUGGGAGACCCAGGAGGAGAGCAAGGACACGGAAGAGGACAGCAGUGCCGCUGACAGAUGGGAUGAUGAGGACUGGGGCAGCCUGGAGCAGGAGGCUGAAUCUGUGUUGGCUCAGCGGGAUGACUGGAGUACUGGGAACCAAGCCAGCCGGGCUGGGCAGGCCAGCAACCCUGGCCACAGAUCUCAGGAGUCAGACUGGAGCAGUUGGGAAGCCGAGGGCUCGUGGGAGCAAGACUGGCAGGAGCCAAGCCCCCUGGCGCCACCCUCUGAGGGCACACGGCUGGCCAGCGAGUAUAACUGGGGUGGACCGGAGCCUAGUGACAAAGGCGACCCUUUUGCUGCCCUGUCAGUGCAUCGGGAGGCUGGGGUGCAGUCGAGGCGAGACUCAUGGGGUGAUGACAACUGGGAAGGCCUGGAGACCGAGAGCAGACAGGCGAAGGCGGAGCUAGCCCGGAAAAAGCGCGAGGAGCGAAGGAGGGAGAUGGAGGCAAAACGCGCUGAGAAAAAGGCAGCCAAGGGCCCCAUGAAGCUGGGAACCCGGAAGCUGGACUGAACUGCAGGUGUGGGCCCUUCCCAGCCUCGGAGGCCCCACAGAUGUAUUUAUUGUACAAACCAUGCGAGCCCGGUCAGCCUGUCCAGGCACAUCUCACAUGUACAUAAUCAGAGCCACAAUAAAUUCUAUUUCACA